CAUGACUGAAAGCGUAAAAUCUGACUAGAGACCAUAUAUAAAUAAGACUUACAACAGUCAGACUUCAUGACUUUGAUGUUGCGUUCUGUGAUUCUAUUCUUCAUAUUGCUUUCCUUCGUAAAUUGUCUUUAUAGCUUCCUAAACAUCCCACUACCAACAUGACCUCCUUCAUCAAGUACCUCUGGGGCUCCAGUUCUGCCCAAGCCCCUCCACCUAAUCCUCAGUCUACAAUCGCAGAUAUAACCUUCCCCUCAGGCCUUUACAUCAUCCGCAACGUCGCCACAGGCACAGUAGUUGACCUCACCGGUGCUCAUCGACAAGAUGGCACCCCAGCUGUCGGCUGGCACUUCCACGACGCCAAGCAUCAAAAAUGGCAAAUUGCCUCUGCAGGCCAUAACCAAUACUUCAUCCUCAACGACGCAGCAGGAACAUACCUUACGGCUGACACACAACCAACAGCGGGCGUAGUUCUAACCACCGGGAGCCUUGUAUCACCGACUAACAAGCGGGCGAGAUGGACACUUGAGUCUGCGGAGACGAAACAUGCCUACAUUAUCCGCUCCGUAGCUGAUCCCUCCCGAGUCCUGGACCUCUCCUAUUCUGAUUCGAAGAACGGAACCCCGAUCCUUAUCUACUCCGACCACGGGACGAAGAACCAACAAUGGAUUCUCGAACAACUGGACGCCGCUCCACCACCACGUGUAAUCAAGAAUACUCCCGUGGGGGGGAAGGGUGGUACCCCCUUUGAAGAAUUCAAGUAUGUCCCUGUCAGGGUUGUAGAGACGUGGAGUGGAGAGGUGGAAGAUGAGACUGUUGUUCGGGGGUUGCGAUGGACAUGGGACGAUGGAAGUCAGAGCAAGCUUUAUGGUGCCGAUAAAGGAGAUCAUCAGGUGCUUGUUGUGCCGCCCGGAGGGAAGGUGAAGGAGAGCUCUGUUAGUUCAGGGAAGAGAGUCGAUUCGAUUGUUAUUGUCACGAAGGAUGGCAAGAGGUUUAAGGCGGGUGGUGAUGGGGGUAAGGAGCAUAAGCAGGAUGUUGGGGAUGGGGUUUUGGUCGGGUUUGAUGGGGCCUCUGGGUUGGAUGUUGAUCGUGUUGGAUUGGUCUUUUUGAAGAAGGAUGGGGAACAGUGAAUUUUAUCUUGGGGUACCGUUGACUCUUUGAAUUGAACAUGCUUCUGUCCUGCUGUCGAAUUAGGGGUUUUUGUGAAUCUAGGUCGAGCGCUAGGGUUU